CUUUAAAAGCAGAUAACGCUUCUGGUCAAACUGCACUCUUGGUUGAUGGAUGCCAGGUGAUCUAAGCUGGAAGCAUGUGCAUAUUCUAGGAAGCUGACCCUUUAAUGCCCAUAUAAGGGCAUGAGACUGCUGGGCAGUGUGCACACAGACAGACCAACAGGAAAACCCACAAGCUUCCCCGUCCUCCAACCCCUGAAGAGACGUCGCCAUGGCGAUGUACAACUCAAACAGGUUUCACCACAUCAAGUGCAAACAGCUGAUCCGUCGAGGAUCUCCUGAGGUCUACCAGCUGACACCACCAAAGGAGACUAUUGGGACUCUAACCAGAAUAACUCUGGGUGAAAGAAAUGUAAAAGAGACAAACAAAACCAUCUUACUUCUUGGUGAAACAGGAAGUGGAAAAUCUACUCUGAUCAAUGCUCUGGUCAACUACGCCAUGGGAGUGAGGUGGGAAGAUGACGUCUGGUUUAAGAUCGUUGAUGAGAAAGGAAAUAGGCAGUCAGAGACUGAAGAGGAGGACAAGAGUCAAUCAGGGAGUGAGGAAGAAGAAGAAGAAGAAAGUCAGUGUGUAAGUCAGACCUCAGACGUGAUCGUGUACCAGAUCUGUGGUUUUCAAGAUAAAACUCUGCCCUUCUCUCUGACCAUCAUCGAUACUCCUGGAUACGGAGACACCAGAGGGGCUAAACAAGAUGAAAAAGUGAGCAAAAGUUUACUAGACUUGUUCCGCUCAGAGGACGGAGUCCAUGAGAUUAAUGUGGUGGGUCUGGUGCUGAAGGCAGCUGAGAAUCGUUUGAGUGACCGAUUCAGGUACGUCCUGGAUUCAGUGAUGUCUCUGUUUGGGAAAGACAUGGAGGAGAACAUCGUCUCCCUCAUCACAUUCUCAGAUGGAACAAAACCCAAAAAUGCUUUGAAAACCCUCAAGACUGCACAAAUCAAGUGUGCCAAAGGUGAAAAGGAUCAGCCGAUCCACUUCCUGUUCAAUAACUGCCAAAAUGAAAAAAGAGGAGAGAGAAAAGAAGCCCUUGAAAAUGCAUAUAAAACAACGAUGACAGGAUUGAGACAGUUUGGAGAAUUUCUGGAGAAAAAAUCCCCCCAAAUGUUGGAGGGAACGGUGACCGUUCUGAAGGACAGAAUCACUCUGGAAGCCUGCAUCAAAAAUCUGAAGGAAAGAAUCGAGUUUAUCGAACCAAAGCAGAGAGAAAUCCAACAGGUGCAGGAGGCUCUGAGGAGACAUGAACAAGAGAAGAAGAAGAACGAGAACUUCUAUGAAACAUUUGAUGAGCCCUACAAAGAAAGAGAAAAUUUUAACGGCAGGCGGCAGGGCGAUUAUUUUGAAGGAGUCAUCUGCUGUUUAGUGUGUGAGGAGAACUGUCAUGAUCCAUGCGAGCGCGUCUCUAAACCAGGCAGCUGUAAGGUCAUGAAGAGAGGUCACUGUGCCGUCUGCACCAAUAAAUGUCCUGUAUCGGCUCAUGUUAAAGAACAGUGGAGGUACGUGAUCAAGACGAGGAAGGUUCAGAGGACUCUUCAAGAUGUGAAGAAGUGGUUUGACAUGAGUCAAGCAGAAUGUGAGAAAACAGCGAGCCAGUUAGAAACCCUUCAGAAGAAAAUGAAUAAACUCCAAGAGGAAAAACAUCGUUGGCUGGAGGAUGCCUACCAACAUAUUCUCUCUCUGGAGCAGAUCGCCCUGAACACCAAAUCACUGUCCACUCACAUCCACCUGGACUUCCUGAUUGAGAAGAUGAAGGAGAAAGGAGAAGCAGAGAAGGUCAGGAGACUGGAGGAGAUACAGAAACGAGAGGAUGAGGGAACCAGAGCAGGACUGAGCUACAUGCUUGGUAGAGCAAGAGCAGCUGCUGGCAAAGUAGUUAAAGAGAUAGGCCAGCUGAGGAUGUGAGAGAGAUGCUCUAAAAAGAGUCUAUUCUGUUGAUGUGAAUAUUAGAUUAUCAACAGUUUACCUUCCUUUUGUUUAAAGUUUAAUGCUGCUGUUGUAAAUAGAUCUAAAGGUUCAUUCAUGCUCUAUAAAAAGCUUACAGAUGGAUGGAGCUUCCUGUCUGUACUCUACCUUCAUACCAUCCAUACUUCUGCACGUUCUCUCAAAGCUCACAGAAACAGACCGAGCGCUGCAAUACCACGGGUUAUCAGGAGGGGGUGAUGCUGAGCAGAGCAGCCAAUGGUGGACAUGGUGGACGUUUAAAGGAACAUUCUGCGUAAAUUCAGCUGAAUAUUGUGUGAACUGUUGGAAACUCCAACCCCGUCUUUGAUGGUAGUUCACCUGUGCUCAGAGACAGACAGGUGUGGGGCUUUUCCUUUGCACUGAGUGGCUUUUCUCUACUUUGACUCAGCACAGCAGGGGCUUUGCUUUUCCACCACACCAAGCCCCCUGUUUGAGGCUGAUCUACAGUCAGCAAUGCUGGACCUGCUGAUUCCACUACUAGACUGACAAAACCAAGAAGGAAAGACAGGAACUAGAGCUGAAUGCUCCUGUCAGAUCUGAUCAUCUUUACAUCCUCUUAUAGCAAAAAUCAAACUGCUUCUGAUCUCUGACUAACAGCCAGAGAAUCCUCCUGGCCCAGGAAAUGUAAAUCAGUCUGAGUGGGAGAGCUCCAUUAGAGCAGAACAGCUGGGAGGAGGACCAGAGCAGCAAUAGGACAGGAGGAGGUCUGUGAGAGACAGCGACCUCUAGUGGAUCAACAUUUUUAACCCUGACAUAAAAGAUGCAUGAGUCAGUGAGCAGUGAGACAUUCAAACAUGCACUCAUCGGUUUUCAUACCAGCAUUAAAGGAGAAUUAAAUAGAGCCACUUUUAAAUCUCAGGUGUGUAAAUAUCAUUCCUCCUGUUGAGGUAUGAACUGAACUGUGACCUCUGAACCUUCACACCCAGACAGUCUCAUGUAUUUUAUUUAGAUUUAGUUUCAGUGUACUGGUUCAUCAUAGAGCUGAGGGAAGUGUUGGAUGAGCUGGUUUAUGUAAUCUACAUGUAUCUGAUGAUUUAAACCAGGGUAGAUGGCUGUGGUGAUAAGCGUCUCUAUGCUAGUCCACUAUGUAGAGUUUCUGAAUGACAUCCAUGGAGAUAUUCAUCUACUAAAUCACUGGAAGA